AUGGCUGCCAGGUUGUCCUAUGCAGCUCAGCACAAACAGCAGCUGCAGCAGCUCCUCGCUGCCUGGCCCUGGGAAACCCAAGCCUUUGGGGGUCCCUUUGGCUGCUGUUGCAACUUCCACUGCAACAAACCAGGUGAUAAGUCUGGUGUCACAGAAUGCGUCUUGGCACACGAGGCUGAAGGCGUGGAAGUACCUAGAGGAGAGCCCAAGGAUUCCCCCAAAUCUUGGAUAGAAGAGGUCUUCAGUAAAAGAGAAUGUGCACACAUCAUUCCCAGUUCAAAAGAUCCUCACAGGUGUCCUGCAGGAUGCCAGGUGUGCCAGAAUUUAAUCAGAUGUUGCUGUGGACGGCUGAUUGGAGAUCACCCAGGAGUGGACUGUAGCUGGCCUGUUUAUCAGGCUGCCCUACAGAGAGAUCGUGGUGAAUGGUCUGUGCAAAAACACACAAAGACAAGUCCAACGGAUGCAUUUGGUACAAUCAAUUUUCAAGAUGGAGAUCACACUUACCAUGCCAAGUAUAUAAGACUCUCUUAUGAUAGCAAUUUGGAUCAGCUGUUGCACCUGAUGGUUAAAGAAUGGCAGAUGGAGUUGCCAAAGCUAGUGAUCUCUGUUCAUGGAGGCAUUCAGAAUUUCAAGCUUCACUCAAAGGUCAAGCAGGUUUUCAGCAAAGGAUUGGUGAAGGCUGCUGAGACUACCGGAGCAUGGAUAAUUACAGAAGGCAUCAACAGCGGAGUGGCCAGGCAUGUGGGUGAUGCGCUAAAAGGCCGUGCCUCACCACACCUGAGAAAGAUCUGUGCUGUUGGGAUUCCUCCAUGGGGUAUCAUUGAGAACCAGAGGGAUCUAAUUGGAAAAGAUGUAGUUUGCCUGUACCAGACUCUUGGUAAUCCACUCAGCAAGCUAAGUACCCUCAACAGCAUGCAUUCUCAUUUUCUAAUGGCAGAUGAUGGGACAGUAGGCAAGUAUGGGAAUGAAAUGAUGCUCAGGAGGAAUUUUGAGAAGUACAUAUCACUUCAAAAAAUACACACAAGAAUGGGCCAAGGUGUACCCAUAGUUGUGUUGGUGGUGGAAGGAGGCCCCAACGUGAUCCUAAUGGUGUGGGAGUACGUGAGGACCAGCCCAGCUGUCCCCGUGGUGGUCUAUGAGGGUACUGGCAGAGCUGCAGAUAUCUUGGCUUUUACCCACAAACACACAGGUGAUACAGGGGAGCUGCGCCCUCAAGUGAAGGAGGAAGUCUUAGCAAUGAUUCAAAACACAUUUAGCUUGGGACAGAAACAGUCCGGUCAUCUAUUUCACAUUUUGAUGGAAUGCAUGAAGCACAGAGAGUCUAUAACCAUAUUUGAUGCGGAGUCAGAAGAUCAGCAGGACAUUGAUUUGGCAAUUCUGACUGCACUCUUGAAAGGUACAAAUAUGUCUGCUUCAGAUCAGCUAGAUUUGGCAUUGGCCUGGAACCGGCUGGAUAUUGCCAAGAAACACAUACUGGUUUAUGGACAACACUGGAAGGUUGGUGUCUUGGAACAGGCAAUGCUGGAUGCUUUAGUGAUGGAUCGUGUUGAUUUUGUAAAGCUGUUAAUAGAGCAUGGAGUGAACAUGCACCGUUUUCUUACUAUAUCUCGUUUGGAAGAACUCUACAAUACAAAACAAGGACCAACUAAUCUACUUUUGCAUCACCUGGUUCGAGAUGUGAAACAGAAUACCCUUUCCUUGGAUUACAAGAUAUCACUGAUUGAUAUUGGGCUGGUGAUAGAGUACCUCCUUGGUGGAGCUUAUCGAAGCAGCUACACAAGGAAGCAUUUUCGAAUUCUCUACAAUGAUCUCUACAGAAAACACAAGAGCCUGUCUCAUUCCCUUCAUCAGAGUAAUCAGACGGGUAGCAGAAUGGGAUCUGCUGAAAGUACUUUGCAUUCUCAGUUCUUCAGAACAGCACAGCCUUACAAAUACAAGGAAAGAUCCACUGCUUUCCAUAAGUAUAAGAAGAAAUCAAAAGAGGAUAUAAACUUUGCAGAGAACUAUGAAUCAUCUGGCUUUAUCUACCCCUAUAAUGACCUCCUGGUUUGGGCAGUAUUAAUGAAAAGGCAGAAGAUGGCAAUGUUCUUCUGGCAGCAUGGAGAGGAAGCCAUGGUCAAAGCUGUUGUGGCCUGUAAACUCUACAGGGCGAUGGCACGUGAAGCUAAACAGAGCAACAUGGUGGAUGACACUUCAGAAGAACUCAAGAAAUACUCAAAGGAAUUUGGGCAGCUUGCCUUAGAUGUGCUGGAGAAAGCAUUCAAACAAAAUGAGCAGAUGGCCAUGAAGUUGCUGACCUAUGAACUGAAAAACUGGAGCAACUCAACUUGCUUAAAACUAGCAGUGUCUGUGGGGCUACGGCCUUUUGUAUCCCAUACUUGCACACAGAUGCUGCUGACUGAUAUGUGGAUGGGACGCCUAAAGAUGCGGAAGAACUCUUGGUUUAAGGUCAUUAUGAGUAUUCUCCUGCCUCCCACCAUCUUGAUGCUGGAGUUUAAAAGCAAGGCAGAAAUGUCUCAUGUGCCUCAGUCUCAAGACUUCCACCAGUUCACAUGGUAUCAUGGAGAUCAGAGCCCAACCAUCUCUAAAGAUGCCUUGUCUCUGAAGGAUUAUGAUGUGGAGAAGGUUGCUCAGAAGUCUGAUGAAAGCCGAGCAGAUGGUGGACAAGGAAACCUGCCUGGCACUAGGAAAAUCUAUGAGUUCUACAAUGCACCAAUUGUCAAGUUCUGGUUUCACACGAUGGCGUACAUGGUGUUUCUCAUGCUCUUCACUUACACCGUGUUGGUGAAGAUGGAACCAAGGCCUAGUGUGCAAGAGUGGCUUGUUAUCAUUUAUAUUUUCAGCACUGCUAUUGAAAAAGUCAGGGAGGUGUUUAUCUCAGAACCUGGAAAAUUCCGCCAAAAAGUGAAGGUGUGGAUUUAUGAAUACUGGAAUUUUACUGAUUCUAUAGCUAUCAUCCUGUUUAUGAUUGGUUUUGGCUUGCGCUGGUCUGACCCCCCUGUUAAAACUGCAGGGAGGCUACUUUACUGCUUGGAUAUAAUAUUUUGGUAUGCUCGACUCCUUGAUCUUUUUGCUGUGAAUCAGCAUGCUGGUCCAUACCUGACAAUGAUUGGGAAAAUGACAGCAAACAUGUUCUAUAUUGUGGUCAUGAUGGCCAUAGUCCUAUUGAGUUUUGGAGUGUCACGAAAGGCAAUCCUUUCACCAGAGGAGCCUCCUUCUUGGACUCUGGCACGAGAUAUUGUAUUUCAGCCUUACUGGAUGAUGUUUGGUGAAGUCUAUGCUGGAGAAAUAGAUGUCUGUGAAACCAAUGAAGACUGUCCUCCUGGCUCCUUCCUCACACCGUUCCUCCAAGCUGUCUACCUCUUUGUGCAGUACAUCAUCAUGGUCAACUUGCUUAUUGCUUUCUUUAAUAAUGUUUAUUAUGAUUUGAAAUCCAUAUCGAACAAGCUCUGGAAGUACAACCGGUACCGCUACAUUAUGACCUACCAUGAGAAGCCGUGGCUGCCUCCACCUUUCAUCCUUCUGAGCCACAUUGGACUUCUGAUAAACCGCAUCUUCCACUAUCAGCCCCAAAAUGAGCUGGAUCAAGAGGAAGGUGACGUUGGACUAAAGCUGUACCUGAGUGAUGAGGAGUUAAAGAAACUCCAUGACUUUGAGGAACAGUGUGUGGAAAAAUAUUUUCACGAGAAGAGUGAAAGCCUGAGUUCCAGUGACAGUGAAAGGAUCCGUCUGACAACAGAAAGAGUGGAAGAGAUGUUUCUGCAGCUUAAAGAAGUACAUGAGAAGGUAUUUUACAUCAAGGAGUCUUUACUCUCCCUGGAUAGCCAGCUAGGACAUUUGCAAGACCUGUCUGCCUUGACAGUGGACAUUCUGAAAGUGCUUUCGGCUGUAGACACCUUGCAGGUGAAAGAAGCCUUACUGGCUGACACAAAACAUCAUACCUGUAGGAAGCUGCCCCAUAGCUGGAGCAAUGCACUCUAUUCCAAGACCUUGAGCAGCCUGGAGUGUUUGUAUGACAAGAAAUACCACUACUACAGCAUGCCACCGUCCCUCUUACGGAGCUUGGUAAGAAGUCAGUGGCCAUCAGAAUGCAAAGACCAUGUGUCGAGGGCCGAGAGUAACAAAGUAGUAGAAGACAGCUCUCGAAAGAUAGAAAUAGAAAGUGACACACUCACUUCAGGAGUAUCCUCUGAGACUAAGUCAACGCCUAGAUAUGGACAGUUUUUGCUGGUGCCCCCUGACCAUCAGGGAGGGUCUUUCUCUGAGGAUGUCACCAUAGAUUUCUCCUUUUUGAGCACUCCUGCCAAGUACAGGGACAACGCAUUCAGAGAUGAACUGCAAAGUAGCAUUGUGGUGCAGCAAAACUUGCGGAAUGUCAGCCUUAUUGGCAAAGAGUCAGGAGAUUAUCAAUGGAGCCAGAGAGAUUUUGUUACUCAUUUGCCAUCAGAAAAGACUAAUACCAUAGAGACUGUUCAGCCUCUUGGUCUCCAGCCAUCGCUGGAUAUUGAAGAGAGUGCAGCACCCUCCUGCGAUGACAGGGAAGAAACUGAAGGUGGUUAUGUGAACUGGGGAUUCUCUGAAGGUGAUGAAAAAGGGGUUUUCAGCUCAGAAACAAAGAAGGCGGCCAUAUGCAUACAUUCCACCUAUAACGGUGACUGCAAUUGCACGGGUAGUCCUCCCAGGCAUGUCAAGAUAAGAGAAUCAAAGUCCUUCUCCUACAGCUCUGACAGGUCACAUCGCAGCAGCAUCAUCUCUCAGAACAAGCUGAAACGCAGCACGUCCUUCUGGAUCAGCCCACUGUGGAGGGAUUGGAGUUUCUGCAGGAGUAACAGUUUACAGUCCCCUAAGAAAGAUAAAAGAGAGAAAACCUGCAAAGCCAUAGGUGGUAAUUAUAAAACAGUGAUUAGAGUGGAUGAUUGUCCCCAGAACACCCAAGUGAGCUCAGAGCCUGCAGAGAUCAAUGUCUGGGAUGAGCAAGAGAAACACAGCAAGAACUGGCUCACUGUGUCUAAUUUCAGUCAGCUAAAUAUACUUGCCUGCUUGAAAACUUCUCAAGAUCUGCAUCAUCACUACUCAGCUGUUGAAAGAAACAACUUAAUGAGACUUGCUCAGACCAUACCAUUUACACCAGUCCAGCUCUUUGCUGGAGAGGAAGUGACGGUCUAUCGGCUUGAAGAAAGUUCACCUAUGAACCUUGAUAAAAGCAUGUCUUCCUGGUCCCAGCGUGGCAUGGCUGCAAUGAUCCAAGUCUUAUCACGGGAGGAGAUGGAUGGGGGUCUGCGGAGGGCCAUGAAGGUCAUUUGUACUUGGUCUGAGAAUGAUGUAUUACAGUUGGGUCAAGUAUUUAUUGUGAAGUCUUUUCUGCCAGAGGUGGUUCAGACUUGGCAAAAGAUCUUUCACGAUGGCACAGUGUUACAUCUCUGCCUGAGGGAGAUCCAACAACAAAGGGCUGCCCAGAAGUUAAUCUAUACCUUCAAUCAAGUGAAGCCUCAUACUAUUCCCUAUACUCCAAGGUUCCUGGAAGUUCUUCUCAUCUACUGCCAUUCAGCAAACCAGUGGCUGACCAUUGAGAAGUACAUGACUGGAGAGUUUCGGAAAUACAACAACAACAAUGGAGAUGAGAUUACUCCCAGCAGCUUACUGGAAGAACUGAUGCUGGCCUUUUCUCACUGGACCUACGUGUACACCCGUGGGGAGCUCCUUGUUUUGGAUUUGCAAGGUGUUGGGGAAAACCUUACAGAUCCAUCUGUGAUAAAACCUGAAGACAAAAAAUCUGGAAAGAUGGUAUUUGGACCAGCAAACCUAGGAGAAGGUGCAAUAAGAAACUUCAUCACAAAGCAUCGUUGUAACUCUUGCUGCAGGAGGCUGAAACUUCCUGAUUUGAGAAGCGACUACGCACUGGAAAGGGUCGGUCCAGCCUUUGAAAUAGAAAUGGAGACGAGCACUGGAGGAGCUGACGGUGCAGAUGAGCCUUUGGAGUAUGACACGCGGCUGUGA